CUUUGACCUGGAUUGAGCAUGCAUUCUUUUCUCUUCAUGUAGACGUACCUAGUCUACGUGUACAUACUGUACGUGUAGCUAGCUAGAUCUACUUAUAUCUACGUGCAGCUGAGAGUUGCUAUUGCCAAACGAGCUCUCCAAGUAUGAAUAUUUGUGUUGCCCUGGAGAGAAGGAAGUGGUUGCCAGUGGAGCAAUGGGAGCAUGGGCUGCUAGGAAGGUUCUGUGAGGACUGUGCAAUCCGACAAAUGGCUAGUCAGAAAAUCAAGACUACCCUCAGUCCAGCGAUGGCUGAGAGAAGUUCUACUAUGGCAGUUGCCUUCUCUUGUGAUGGGAAGUAUUUUGCCAGUGGCCACCUCACUCAUGAUAUAGUGAUUGGUCACAUGACACCAUGUAUUCGUUUUUGGAAAACCCUUUCUGGACAUGAUCGGACACCAUGGGUGUUGACCUUUGACCCAUCCCAUUCUCACAUUUUGUACUCGGGUAGUCUGGAUGGAAAAGUUUGCAAAUGGAAUAUCUAUAAAGGCGGAACCUACGUGUGCUCGUUCAAUCUUGAUGUUUCCUCUCCUGUGAACUCCAUCACCCCGUUGCCCACCCACCCCUACCUGCUCCUGGUGGCUGUUAAGAGCUACCUUUGUCUCCUUUCAUCAGCUGACCUGUCAGAGGUGUGGAGAACACAGACAGAGCCGCCAUAUCGGGUGGUGAGGCUUGUUCAGCACCAUCCCUUCGAGAGUAAAAUUAUCGUUGCUACCAGCACUAUACCAGAUGAAAUGUACACUGGGCCAACAACAUACACACUCGGGCUUCACUUUUUUCAUAAGAACCACCCUCCAGCUUUGACUAGGAAUGAGGAUCCAAUCGUCAGUCUUGGAGACUGCUCCACAACACCAACAAUGGCACGAAAUUGGCGAUUGGUGUGCACAGGAGCUAGAGUGCUUAGCCCUCACUCUUUUGUUACGACUACCAACUUUGUCAUCUCCAUUAUUCAUAAAAAUAGCGCACACAAGUUGUGUUUGUACUCUAUACUUGAUGAUUCUUGUGGAGUGUGCUUGCACAGUUUCCUUCUUGCAAGAGAUAACCUAGUGAGCGUAGACCUUUCCCCAUGCUCUGGGUAUCUCUUGCUGGGCUUUGUGGCACAAAGGAGCACCUUUCAUUACGAAUCAAGAGUACCAAGUGAUACUGAAAUACGUCGAUUUAGCUUUCCACACCGCUUGUCGAAAACUACUGAUGAUGAAACUCUUUCAUCUAUAGAUUUACACUUGGAGAGGGUGUAUUCAAUUCCGAGCCGUGGGUCGAAUGUGGCUGUGUGGAUGCCUCUGGCAGCUGGUCAUGGCUAUGGGGCAUGCAUUGGAACUGCCAAAGGGGGUAAUGUAUUGUUUUGGAGAGCAUUAGAACUUUUCGACAGUUGUACCCACCACUCGGCAUAGUUAUUGUGUGAUCAAUUUAAGGUUAUUCAUAACAUUUUUCUAUGCAACCACAAAUUGUAACGCUGAAAUAUUAUCAGUAUAAAUAAUCGCUU